GAACUGUUCUGAUCCUGGCUUUGUGGAAAAUGCAAUUCGGCAUGGACAGCAGAAUUAUCCCGAGAGUUUCAAAUACGGAACAAGUGUGGCAUACCAUUGCAAGAAGGGCUUUUAUCUGUUGGGCUCGUCUGCACUGACCUGUAAAGCUAAUGGUUUAUGGGAUAGAUCAUUACCAAAGUGUUUGUCCAUUUCUUGUGGACAUCCUGGGGUACCUGCAAAUGCAGUUCUUUCAGGAGACAAAUUUACAUAUGGCUCCAUAGUUCACUAUUCUUGCACAGCGGGUCGAAGGCUCAUAGGAAAUUCUACAAGGGAGUGCCAAGAGGAUAGCCACUGGAGUGGGACCCUCCCUCACUGUUCAGGAAAUAAUCCCGGUUAUUGUGAUGAUCCGGGCGUUCCGGCUCAUGGGUCUAGACUAGGGGAGGAGUUCAAAAUAAAAAGUUUGCUACGUUUCUCCUGUGAAAUGGGUUAUCAGCUGAGGGGAUCUGCAGAACGAACAUGCCUGCUCAAUGGUUCCUGGUCAGGAAUCCAGCCUGUGUGUGAAGCUGUAUCUUGUGGGAACCCUGGCACCCCAGCCAAUGGUAUGAUAAUAUACACUGAUGGAAUAUUAUUCUCCAGUUCAGUCAUUUAUGCCUGCUGGGAAGGUUAUAAAACUUCGGGGCUAACUACUAGACAUUGUACUGCUAAUGGGACGUGGACUGGCACUGCUCCAGACUGCACAGUGAUCAAUUGUGGAGAUCCAGGUGCAUUAGCAAAUGGCAUUCAGUUUGGAAAUGAUUUCACCUUUAAUAAGACAGUCAGCUAUCAGUGCAAUCCAGGGUACUUGAUGGAGCCUCCAAGUUCAUCUACCAUGCGUUGUAUAAAAGACAGCACUUGGAACCAGAGUAAACCAAUUUGCAAAGCUAUUACUUGUGGCCCCCCUCCAACAGUGCUGUAUGGGAAAGUGGAAGGAUCUGACUAUCGCUGGGGUGCCAGUGUGAGUUACAGCUGUGCAGAAGGCUAUCAGCUGUCUAACACAGCUAUUCUCUCCUGUGAAGGCCGAGGAGUUUGGCGGGGAGACAUCCCACAGUGUUUGCCUGUGUUUUGUGGUGACCCUGGUACUCCUGCAGAAGGACGCCUCAAUGGAAAAAGUUUCACCUACAGAUCUGAAGUUAGCUUUCAGUGCAGACCCCCUUUUAUUUUGAUAGGCUCUUCAAGACGAUUCUGUCAAGCAGAUGGUACUUGGAGUGGAAUUCAGCCAACAUGCAUAGAUCCAGCUCACAAUACAUGUACAGACCCUGGUACUCCACAUUUUGGAAUACAGAAUAGUUCCAGAGGUUAUGAGGUUGGGAGCACAGUUUAUUUCAGAUGCAGAAAAGGUUAUCAUAUUCAAGGAUCUACCACACGUUCUUGUCUUGCUAACUUAACCUGGAGCGGCAUACAGUCUGAAUGCAUUCCUCAUGCUUGCAGGCAACCAGAAACACCGGCACAUGUAGAUGUGAAAGCAAUAGAUCUUCCAACUUUAGGGUAUACAUUGGUGUACACCUGUCAGCCAGGAUUUUUUCUUGCUGGUGGAUCAGAGCAUCGGACAUGUAAACCAGAUAUGAAGUGGACAGGAAAAUCACCUAUUUGUAAAAGUAAAGGAGUGAGAGAAGUUAAUGAAACAAUAACUAAAUCUCCAGUUCCCUCAGAUGUGUUUUUUAUAAAUUCACUGUGGAAAGGGUUUUAUGAGUAUUUAGGAAAAAGGCAGCCUGCUACUCUCACUGUUGAUUGGUUCAAUACUACAAGCAGCAAAGUGAAUGCCACAUUCAUUGAGGCAUCCAACAUACAACUCAAAUUAUCAGGUGUUUACAAGAAGGAAGAAGCCCAUUUGCUCUUGAAAGUUUUUCAGAUUAAAGGACCCAGUGACAUUUUUGUAAGCAAGUUUGAAAACGACAACUGGGCACUAGAUGGUUAUGUAUCCUCAGGGCUCGAAAGAGGUGUUUUUACCUACCAAGGUGAUAUACAUGGAAAAGACUUUGGAAAAUUUAUGCUCCAAAGACAAGGUCCUUUAAGUGCAGAUACAGACCUUUCAAAUCACUAUUAUGGUACAAACAGCAGUUCGGUUGCAGCUGCCAUCCUGGUACCAUUCUUUGCUCUAAUAUUAUCAGGGUUUGCAUUUUACCUCUACAAACACAGAACAAGACCAAAAGUACAGUACAAUGGGUAUGCUGGACACGAAAACAGUAAUGGACAGGCCUCAUUUGAAAAUCCCAUGUAUGACACAAACUUAAAACCCACAGAGGCAAAGGCUGUGAGGUUUGAUACGACUCUGAACACAGUUUGUACAGUGGUAUAGCCUUCAGUGCCCAAUAUGACUGAUUCAUAGCCAUACCUCUGAUGGACAAGCAGUAAUUCCUUUGGUGCCAUAUACCAGUUUCCCUUCUUCUCUCGGCUUUGCUGCUGUAAUCUUUAACAUCUUCUGUCAGCCUACAUGCAGCUAAAUUUUCUGGUAAAAACAUGUCAGUCUUCGGGGGAUCAGACAAAGAAUAUUUUUUCAUCUUAAAGUUGGAUCAAAAUGCCUGGCUGCAUCUGCUUCAAAUCAAGGCACACUCUAAGGAAGACUGCCGAAUCAUGCCACUUUGUCAUAUUUGAUGCCUCAGACUUUCAUAUUUGUAUGUGGCUGGGUGCCUUCCAAUGCGUUCUUCUGGGCACUUGGAUAAAUUCUUUGAGUACUGUGACAAAUGAUAGCACCACAGAUUAUCCCCAGGAAUAUUCUGAAGAAAUAAAGCUCUCCUGAAGAAGGAAACAGCCUUCCUUGAGGUUGCAUACAUCUGAAAAUGCUUUACCGUUGAAAUCUUGAAAAAAAUUAAGGAACCUUAGAGUGUAUUUCAUUCCUAGGGCAGUUUUGUCAAUUUCCCAAUCAGCCAUUAAUACAGCAAAAUGUUAAUGCACAAUAUUUUUGCACUAGGGUGUUAUGGCUGACUGAGUAAGAUACUGGUAAAAAUAUACAGGGUUUCUACACUGUCCAUUGUAUAUAGACAUUCACUCACUCUUUGCUAAGCAAAACAUUCCACACAAAAUUUACUUGGAAUAUUAAAUUAUGAGCCCUAUGCUUAGCACCAGUUAAAAUCUUGUGCGAUAGACAAUAAUAUUUCUUUUGUCAAUUUUUUACUAAAUUUCAUUAUAAACCUGAAAGCAAGUCAACGGAGACUUUCAGCUAGAACAAGAGCCCAUUUCUAAGAAAUUUUCAUUGCCACUAUUGUUUUCUUCUGCAAUCAGUCAUCAAUCACCAUUGUCAGUAUCAUACUAUUUAACAGCAGGGGGGUUAGCAGCUAUUGCUGCUUGCCAUGUACAAAUGUGAAUAGUAAUUUAUUUUAGAUAGCUCAUAAAAGCCUGUGAGCCUGUGCUCAUAAUACAGUCUUCCCUUUUGCAUUUUUUUCCAUUUUUUUCCUGUAAUAUGACAUCAUUUUCUGAUGUUACAUGGAACUAAACCACAUUACAGUAGCAUAUAUAAACCCAGUGCAAAUGGUCUAUAACAAGCUGUCAUUCAGUUUCUACACUGAACAAAGAGAAAUAUUCAACUAUCUUUCGUGUUUCUUUUGAGAUUUUUUAAACACACCGCUUACUGCUUUUGUACUUAUACAGUUUAACAGAGACAUUUAUAAAUAUGAAGGCUGAGUAAAUCAUUAACAUUUUCUUAGAAUUAGAGGGUUUACUGAAUGAAAACAAACCAACAAACAAGGUGCCAUAGGGCAUAUUAAUUAAAUUGAGUUUUAAAAUUAGGAAAUUACAGGAAAUGAUGGAGCAAAUUCUGGUUUCAUUCAUACUCAUUGAGCUCAAAAACCAGAAAAGUUCCUUUUCUUUUCUUACAAUUCAGGGUUGGUUUUUGAUGCUAUCAUUUUGUUUUAGU